AUGUUGACAAUCACCAAUGUUACUUGGUUGGACUUACUAUGCCUUACUGGUGUUGGAGUCUACCUGGUAAAGCAGGUGCUCAUCAAGAAGAAUCCUGCACCAUAUCCACCUGGUCCCCGGGGAUGGCCUCUCAUUGGCAAUGUUUUGGAUAUGCCUCGCAUCAAGCCAUGGCUCACAUUUGCUGAGUGGGGUCAGAAGUAUGGUGAUAUCACGCAUAUCGAGGUUCUGGGUCGGCACAUAAUUGUGCUGAACUCUACCAAGACUGCAUUGAAAAUGAUGGACAGUAAAAGUACUUUCUAUUCUGGCCGUCCUGUUAUUCCUAUGGUUGGCGAACUUGUCGGCUGGAAGGACUCUUUACCUUUCCUUCCUUAUGGUGAUCGCUUUCGCCAGCAACGCAAGAACUUACAUCGUGUCAUCGGCAGUCGCGCCGCAGCGGACGUAUACAACGAGAUCGAGGAGGUUGAAACUCGUCGAUUCCUGAAGCGUGUGCUUGCGAAACCCGACCAACUGCAGGAACAUAUCCGACACACUGCUGGCGCGAUCAUUUUGUGCAUCUCUCAUGGUUACGAAGUGAAAGAGAAUAAUGAUCCCUUCAUUGACCUUGCAGACCGCGCUGUAUUCAAUCUCUCGCAGGCUACAGUUCUCGGUGCAUUUAUGGUUGAUAUUUUACCAUUCAUGGUAAAGGUUCCCGUGUGGUUCCACGGUGCUGGCUUCAAGCGCACAGCACGUAAAUGGCGCGAGACCCUGGAAGAGAUGGUUUCUGCACCCCACAAGUUGGUGAAGGACCAGAUGGUUGCUGGCACCGCCCCUGUGUCUUUUACCUCGACUCUCUUGGAAGGCAGUCAUGUGUCUGCGGAAGAGGACCACGCCGUGAAAUGGUCUGCUUUCUCCCUAUACGCCGGUGGCGCCGACGCGACUGUUUCUGCAACAUACUCGUUUUUUCUAGCUAUGACACUUUUCCCUGAUGUGCAGAAGAAGGCCCAGGCUGAAAUAGAUGCGGUUGUCGGUCCUGACCGUCUUCCCACCUUUGCCGACCGCGACUCCCUCCCCUAUACUGAGGCGCUUGUCAAAGAAGUUCUCCGCUGGAACGUCGUCGUUCCCACCGGUUUCGCCCACUGUGUAACUGAAGACGAUAUCCAUGACGGGUACUAUAUUCCAAAAGGCACCUUAAUAAUGCCUAACAUUUGGUUCAUGCUCAACGAUUCACGGACAUAUGCUAACCCCGAGCAAUUCAAUCCUGAACGCUUCUUGGCUAAGAAUGGAAAGGAGCCUGAGACGGAGCCUCGCACAAUGUGCUUCGGUUUUGGUAGGCGUAUUUGCCCAGGUGUGUCCAACUCGCAUCAAUUAACUAACAGUCUCCACCUUGCUAAUGCCGCCAUUUGGAUAUCCAUUGCGAUGUCACUGGCCGCGUUUGAUAUUUCAAAGGUUGUCGAGAAUGGUGUUGAGAUCACCCCCGAGGUUGAACCCUUACCAGGUACGAUCAGCCACCCCAAACCCUUCAAGUGUUCUAUCUCGCCUCGCUCUGCAACUGUCCUUGAGCUCAUUGAACAAGAUGCUAACCACUUAGUUCACGAUAACACACUUUAG